AUGUACAAUAAAGAAAAAGCAUCUCGUCCGAAUAAGAAGAGAGACAGCCUGUCAUCACUUGGAAGCCAUGAGGUUAAGGCCAAAGAAACGUCACCCAAGACAAAGGACUCAAUAAGCACUGUUUCAUAUAUCGACGAUCCAGGGCAUCAUGAUGACAACACUCGAACAGUUGUGCAGAUGGAAAACACCUAUCAGAUGGAGCCAUAUAAACGCUUCCCAGCUUCUAUUGUCAAUGACGUGCUGAAGGAUGUACUCACCAGUUACCUGCAAGAAAUAAAAUAUGAAGCAGAGCUAUGCAGACAGAUGACAAAGACCAUUUCUGAGGUGAUAAAAGCCCGUGUAAAGGACCUGAUGAUUCCCCGAUAUAAGAUCAUUGUUUUGAUCAACAUUGGCCAGCUCUGUGAACAGAACAUGUGCAUUGUCAGCCGAUGCCUAUGGGAUGCAUCCAAGGACACUUUCUCCUCCUACACCUUCAAGAAUAGCUCUCUCUUUGCUGUAGCAAAUGUCUAUGCUGUUUACUUUGAAUGAGUCAAAUACACUAAGGAUAACUUUUCUGUCAUGACACAAAGUGUCCUUUUAGUUUACAUGUAGUAGAGCGUGUUAUUUAUAAUGAAAGAUUCAGGAAGAGCUAGAGCUUUCACAUACAGUGAAACA